GAAAAUCCCCUUGAAAAACGUCCCUGAAUUUCCUGGAAAUGGGAAAAUCCAGCUGGAAAACUGCCUUAGAAUCCAGGAAAUGGGAAAAUUCCACUGGAAAACUUCCCUGGGACCGCAAAAAUGGGAAAAUCCUGAUGGAAAACCUCUCUGGGGUCCCAAAAAUGGGAAAAUCCCCUUGAAAAACGUCCCUGGAUUUCCUGGAAAACAGCCGAAUUCGCAGGAAAACAGCGGGAUUUUGAGGAGAAAAGCGGGAUUUGAGUGUAAAACAGCGGAACUCGCAAGGAUCCAGGAGGAACCCGGCAGAAUUCCCAGGAAUUUGCAGGAAAAUCCUGACUUUUUCUGAGGGAAAACAGCGGAAUUCUGAGGAAAACCGGGACUGAGGGAGAACGAUGGAUGCGGCUCCUCCGCCGCUAAUUAACUCUGACAGCGCUAAUUAACGUCUAAUUCGUGCCUAAUUAACCCCGUUAGGGACUCCCGGACAUAUUUAUUGGCAUUAACCCUUUCGGGCCGUUUUUAACCCGAUUCGCUGCCUUGGUCGUGCCUGACCGCGAGGCCAUUAAAAACCAGCGACUGUGCCGCGUGCUGUGCUGCGGGGCUCGGGGGGAACAGCGAGGGAAGCUUUAUGCGGAGAAAAGCGGCGGAACAGCCGCGCUCCUCCGGCCAGCGCCGCUACGCCAGGCCGAGGCUUCACUAGGCCUCACUAGGCCGCGCGUUGCUAAGCAACGCCAGCUCUGACGUAACUUUCGCCGCGCCGCGUUCACCGCCUAGCAACGCGGCGCGCUGCUGACGUCACUUCCUCCUCCUCCUUCUCCCCUCAGGCCGCCAUCAUGGCGGCCGUGGAGGUUUUCCCCUCUCCGGGCGAGCUCGGCGCGGCGCUGGCGCGGGCGGUGACCGAGGCCGCGGCCGAGGCGGUGGCGAGCGGCGGCCGCUUCACGCUGGGGGUGUCCGGGGGUUCUCUGGUGCCGCUGCUGGCGCGGGAGCUCCCGGGCGCCCUCAGCGCGGCUCCCGGCGCGGAUCCCUCGCGCUGGCUCGUGGCGUUCUGCGAUGAGCGCCUGGUGCCGCCCGAGCACCCCGAGAGCACCGCGGGCGCCUACAGGGUGAGGGGGGCCGGGGGCGACCGCCUGGGGCCGCUCCAGUGGCCACCAGUUCGGCCCAGUUCGGCCCAGUUCCCCCCUCAGUUCCGUCCUCCUUCCCUCAGCUCUUCCCGGUCUCUCCCAGUUCAUCCCAGUUCAUCCCAGUUCCCUCCUCAUUGCCCUCAGCUCUUCCCAGUUCCUCCCAGUGCCCCCCAUUUCCCUGCCAGGCCUCCCCCAGUUCCUCCCAGUAACCCUGUCCCCAUUCCCAGUGCUCCCAGUAAGGGUUUAUCCCAUUCC